AUGGCAGCGACGACACCUCUCCUUUUGCUGCUGGAUAGCGUCCUCUCGCAAGAUGCCGCCCGCAUCAACGAGGCAAGGACAAGAAUCCGGCAGUUGGUGAUCCAAGCGAAUGGCCAGGCUCCAGCGCCAACCAAUCCUUCCCACUUUUCUUUGUUGCAGGAAGUAGACACGCUGUUGACACCAUAUCCCCAUCUAGCUUCUGUGGCAAGCACUCAUGAUGGGUCUCUACCGCUGCAUUUCGCUGCCUCCAUUGGAGAUGUUCAGGUGGCUACCCGGAUUUUAUCUCAGUAUCCACCUGCUGCCUCCACGCCCAAUACCAAGGGCAAAAUCCCUCUUCAUUAUGCAGCACGGGAAGGUCGAACCGACAUGGUGGCGUAUUUCCUAUAUGCCACACCUCGUACAGCCGAGAUAACAUCCAAAAAGCAAAAGCUGGCGUUGCAUUUUGCAGCUGGGGAUGGCCACACAUCAGUUGUGAGGAAUCUCUUGCAUGUAUACCCCAAAGGAGCUUCUCUGCCGUCGGCCAAGGGAAAGCUACCACUCCAUUUUGCAGCUCGAUGGGGGCAUAUUCAGAUUGCCUCGGAUCUGUUAUUUUUGUAUCCAGAAGGCGUUCGUUGUGUGGAUUGGGAUGGAUCUUUGCCCCUGCACGAUGCAGCGAGAGAAGGACAGGUGGUCAUGUCCAAAUUCUUGAUUGAGCGAUAUCCUACUGGUUUGAGUAUUGCCAACAUUCGUGGUGAGAUUCCACUUUUCCCGGCGGUGCGAAGUGGAAACGUUGAUUUGGUGAUCCUGUAUCUGCAAGGUUGGCCCAUUGCAGGAAUGCAUGUGCUGAAAUCAGUCACCGAGCAAGACAGUAUUCAGGAUUGGGAUUGGAAGAUUGUGGAACUAUGUCUUCGGGGAGCCGUUGAGAACUUUUUGGACUGUCAGCUCUUGGAGGGGAAAGAACCUCCAGCUGUGUGCUGCCCGGUCCAACGAGACGAUUUUCUUUGCAGCAUUCAAUCUACUGGAGAAGAACAAGGCAAGAAGGGCAAGAACAAAAACAAGACGACGCGUCUCAUGAAAGCUUGUUGUGAAAGGCAAAUGGGAUGUUCAGAGCCCAAUCUUGGCCAUGUCGUGCUGCCCACUUCUUCGUUGUCGGCUACGUCUCCCUACGCAACAACAAACAGUGCAGUGGGACCAAUGCCACGCUCCAAGUCACCCAUCCUGGAGGAAGGUGGAAGCCGUAGCAAGAAGCGUUCAGGAACUGGUGAAAACUGUCUGGAUCGGAAGCGAAAGCGAAGCGAAUCAGGCGUUCAAGGGGAUGAUGCAUUGACAGCAACCAUGGCUCGUCAACGAAAGUUCAUUGCACUUCAUGCCGCGCUCGCAUGUGGUGCAUCCUCUCAUGUGUUGCGUUGUGUUAUGAAGAAAUACCCGGAGCAACUAAAGGAAACGGACGAGCUAGGGCAAUUCCCCCUUCAUCUUGCUGUUCAAAGUCCGGCCUGUUGUCCCACCAAACAAUCCACAAUGAGCUCUCAGACCAGGAGAUUGAACACGGACGAUCACAAGGAUGUAUUAAAGAUUGUGGUGGAAGAUAUUCUGAAAGCAUGUCCCGAGGCGGCCUGCGCCCCCGAUUAUCUUGGCCGGCUGCCACUCCAUCUUGCUAUUGCUGCCAAGGCCGACUUUGCAAUCAUUCAAGAGCUGGUCAAAGCGAAUCCGUCGUCGGGCGUGGAUCCUGUACCUUCCAGCUACUCUCGCUUUGAAGGCAAGCCACCAAUCUAUAUGGCAACUGACUAUGACUGCGAUUUGAGCACUACCUAUCUCUUGCUCAGAGGUGACCCCAGCGUUGUCUCUCCAGGUUCCAAGGCAGCUGGAAUAGUCAAGGCGGAUUGA